UUGGCUGUUCAAAGCAAGCAACUACUAUUAUCAAUCCUUGUCUUUGCUACGACAGGCGGUUGCACGGAACCUGGACGGCUCGCACAACAUGGAUGCCGUUGGGUCUCCGAUCCAGAUCAUGUGCCAGGAUCUGGGUCUCGACACUGGCAGCUUAGACGACAUGCGCUCGCCGGAAGUGGCACCGCCUGCCUCGGUGUCCGGGAACGUGGACGACAUAUUGACCGCUUCGGUGAUCCUGACUAUUUACGAUCUACUAGAUACCCCAGGUCCAGAGUGGGAAGCGUGAGUGUCAUCCGUCCGGUUAGGUUUGAGACUCCAAGCUGA